AUGUUCAAUCUAGGAGUCUGGUUGAUUGUGGUGUUUGUUGCAGUCACAACAACUUCAUCAACCUCAAUUUAUUUAUGGAAAUAUCUGAGAGAUAAUGAACAUCGGUCACCUGCAGUUAUGAGGAUGCAUAAAAUGCUGUUGAUUACUCUCUUUGUGCAGACAGUCAUCCACGGAAUCAUGCUGGGAGGACCCAAUGUUCUAUUCCUUUAUGCUGCAUUCUUCGGUGCUCGCCAGAAAGUGAUGGCAAAUAUUGCAUUUUGUUGUCUAACAACUCAUGGAUUAGUAUCUACAAUUGCUAUGAUGAUCCUGACAAAACCAAUCAAAAUUGCAAUUCUUCAAAUCUUCAGAUUUCCAACUUUCCAACAUUCCAUUAAUGUUGUUCGAUAUUCCGCUUCCAAUAAAAACUGA